GCGAUAACGAGGCAGACAAGCAUUCCGCUAUGUGCGCCCGGGAUGUUUUUGUGAUGUUACCAAGCCAAAGAUCCACAAAGAAAGAGAAACGAGGAUGAAAUCAACAUGAUUAGCACCGAUGGCCUCUCUAAAUGUGAGGCGACCUGGCGCGAGACUGGGAAAAGGCCACAGGCGGAGAUGUUGCACCUUCUGUCCGCUGUCAUUGUCUGGCUUGUGACGGGGACAACCAUCUCCAGUCUUAACAAAUGGAUUUUUGCAGUUUACAACUUCAGGUACCCCUUACUGCUGUCGGCCCUGCACAUGUUGACAGCGAUAGUAGUGGACUAUGGGCUUAUUAAACUGCGAAUGCUCCAGCAAAACGGUGGGGUUGACAACCAGAAGGACCUUACCACCAGCGCCAAAUGCAAGGUGUUUCUAUUGAGCUUGACAUUUUGUGCCAGUAUCGCAUUUGGCAACGUGGGUCUGAACUAUGUCCAGCUGUCAUUUGCCCAAAUGAUCUACACCACCACGCCAAUCUUCACCCUGGCCAUCUCCACUCUGAUCCUGGGCAAGCAACACCACAUCCUCAAAUACACAGCCAUGAUGCCCAUCUGUCUGGGAGCCUCGUUCAGCAUCAUGGGCGAGGUCCAGUACGACCAGACAGGCUGCUUCUUCGUAUUCGCUGCGACAAUGUUGAGAGGUGUCAAAUCCAUCCAGCAAGGUAUCUUGCUCCAGGAGGAGAAAAUCAACUCUGUGUUCCUGCUGUACCUGAUGUCUAUCCCCAGUUUCUGCAUCCUGGCCGUAGCUGCUCUGGCCCUGGAGAACUGGGCCGUGCUGGAGUCUCCAAUGCACUACGACCACAACCUGUGGCUCUUCAUUCUGCUCAGCUGCCUGGGCUCUGUCAUGUACAACCUGGCCAGCUGCUGCGUCAUAACCCUCACUUCCGCCGUCACCCUGCACAUCCUGGGCAACCUGAGUGUGGUGGGCAACCUGCUGCUCUCCCAGCUGCUGUUCGGCAACGAGAUGUCAGCGCUCAGCUGUGCCGGUGUGGCUCUUACUCUCUCUGGCAUGCUCAUGUACCAGAACUCUGAGUUCAUCUCCAACUACCUGGAUGCACGGCGAGCUAAAGCCAGGGAGCUCAGCCGAGUGAGGGAGGAGGAUAUUGCAUUCCAACCGCCCCCCCAAAACCAGCAGGAGAGGGUUGACGCUGCCGGGAAACGAGAGGACAAGAUGGACUGAGAGAGAGAGAGAGAUUUCCUGUCCUUAGGGUUAGUUAAGUCAGGUGGUUCUGUGGAGAGGUUCAGGAAAUGGUCUGUGACCUCAUGAUGUCAUAGUUGAUGAUGACAACAUGAGUGACAGAACUUGUUUGGUUGGGUCGUUUUUACCUCUUCACUGUGCCAAUGUAUUUAUUUCAGCCAUGGUCUCAUGGAACAGAAGUCAGCUGACUAAAAAAACAGAUGCCUUUAGGAAAGUGACUGUUGAGUUUGUACUGUUCUAAUAAUCAUACAUGCACACAUACUGGUAUGCAUGCAUGAGCACACAAACUAUGUGAUACAUCUCAUGAGAUAUCACGCACUGUUACUCACACUACUCCACUGUGAAAAUGUUCUCUCUGAGUGAGUGCUCAGUGGGAUGGUUGGGUGGGAAGGACUAGGAACACUGCUCUUAUGGAUGGAAACAAAUACGUUUUAAAAACGUAUGGUAAUGUUACCUAACCUUUCCCUGGUCUCGUAUCACUGGGAAAGAGGUUUUCUGGCAGCUUUUAUUUGGGGAUCUUAAAAUGGGUGUUCCGCAUUUGUUAUAGUGCUAUAGCUUUUGUUUAGAUGACGUUUACAAACAUUCAAGCUAACAGGUUCAGCAUAUCAUAUCUCCUGGCUGUUUGUAGGCAUGGCAGCCAGUAAGCCACAAUGUUAUUAAUCUACUGCAUAGUGAGGCAUAGAUCUGAGGGGAGCCACCUUGUCCCACUCAACAACCCCUUAUUGUAUUUCCCUUAAUUUGCUCUUAAUAAAAGGAACCUAUUAUAAUCAUUUUAAUAACCUCCUACCUUUACAGCAGUUCUCACUGCAGCAAAUGUCUAUUAUAAGGCCUAUCCACUCUCUAAGGAGUCUCACUCAUCUUUAGCACACUCCAUAAAAGGUUUUUCAUCAUUCUCUCCUUACCGCCACUCGAACAGAAAUGUCUUCUCCACUCAGAGGGUGCCACAUUACAUUUAGUCCAUUUGAAUUUUUGAAUAUUUAUGAUGCAGUGUUAUUUCAUUCAUUUAUUUUUUAUUCUGUAAGCAACACUAUUUAUUUGUCCUGUUUAUGAUUCUUACCCAGUACAAAGAGGAAGUUAUUGGAUUUCUGUUUACUAAAUUGAAUACAAAAGCUGUAGUAUAUCUCUUACCAGAAUUGACCUUGAUCAGAAACUAAAACUACUUAAUUGAAGUUGGAAAGCUCUUACAUGAUGUGUCCAGAGCACUGACAUAGGUCAGAAGUUACUCAGUAACUGGCGGUCUAGUCAACUGGUCUGUCACUUGGCCAACUAAUGUACACUACCUUUCAACAUUUUGCAGUCACUUAGAAAUGUCCGUGCUUUUGAAAGAAAAACUUUAACUUCUUUUAGAUUAGUUGAGUAUCUGGAGCAUCAGCUUUUGACGGUUCAAUUACAGGCUCAAAAUGGCCAGACUUUCUUCUGAAACUCGGCAGUCUAUUCUUGUUCUGAGAAAUUAAGGCUAUUCCAUGCGAGAAAUUGCCAAGAAACUGAAGAUCCCGUACAACGCUGUGUGCUACUCCCUUCAGCACAAACUGGCUCUAACCAGAAUAGAUAUGAUAUGUUUCCAUGAGACGCCAUCUUAACUGACCCAAUCUCCCCAAGUCUUGUCUCAUCGCUGCAACUCCCGUACGGACUCGGGAGAGGCGAAGGUUGAGAGCCGUGCGUCCUCUGAAGCACAACCCAACUAAGCCGCACUGCUUCUUAACACAAUGCCCACUAAACCCGGAAGCCAGCCGCACCAAUGUGUUGGAGGAAACACUGUACACCUGGCAACCGCGUCAAUGUGCACUGCACCUGGCCCGCCACAGGAAUCGCUAGUGCGCGAUGGGACAGGGACAUCCCUGCCGUCCAAACCCUCCCCUAACCUGGACGACGCUGGGCCAAUUGUGUGCCGCCCCAUGGGUCUCACGAUUGCGGCCGGCUGCGACUGAGUCUGGACUCGAAAUCAGAACUUCUAGUGGCACAGCUAGCACUGCGAUGCUGAGCCUUAGACAACUGCGCCACUUGGGAGGCCCUUUAAUCGACUUAACCUGUUGAGUGUAGGGGACAGUAUUUUGAUGUUUGGAUGAAAAACGUACCCAAAUGAAACUGCCUAUUUCUCAGGCCCAGAAUCUAGAAUAUGCAUAUAAUUAGGAUAGAAAACACUCUAAAGUUUCCAAAAUGGUCAAAAUAUUGUCUGUGAGUAUAACAGAACUGAUAUUGCAGGCAAAAACCUGAGGAAAAUCCAACCCGGAAGUGCUGUUUGUCCUGAAAGCUUUCUGUUCCAUUGCCUGCCUUCGCUCCAUUUAAAGGGAUAUCAACCAGAUUCAUUUUCCUAUGGCUUCCACAUGUUGUGAACAGUCUUUAGACAUAGUUUCAGGCUUUUAUUUUGAAAAAUGAGCGAGAAAGAUCACAUUGCAUCAUUGUAUGGCUGGGUGCCAGCAUUUAUUGUGUAACUGGGAGUCUCGUGAGUGCAAACAUCCGAAGAUCAUCAAAGGUAAGCGAUUCAUUUUAUUGCUUUUCUGACUUUCAUAACCAAUCUACUUGGCUGCUAGCUGUUUGUAAUGUUUUGUCUGCUGAGAGAGAUGUCCUUACAUAAACACUUGGUAUUCUUUCACCAAAAAUCUUUUUUGAAAUCUGACACGCCAGGUGGAUCAACAACAAGCUCAGCUGUGUUUUUCUAUAUUGCACUUGUGAUUUCAUGAUAAUUUUAUAUUUUUAGUAAUUUAAUUUGAAUUUGGCACUCUGCAAUUCAGCGGAUGUUGACGAAAAUGAUCCCGCUAAUGGGAUGGGUGCAUCAAGAAGUUAAUUUGGCUUCAAAUGUGCUAUUGAGUCUUCACAUAGGAAUGAAUAGUGUCACGUGAUCAAUGGCUUUGUCCAUUCAUAUACAGUCAUUCAAUUACACCCAUCUUAAGGCUAGUGCUACUGAAAGGACCUUAUGAAGAUGUUGAAUGAAGUUGUUUCUAAUCUUAAUUUCCCAGUCAAAGAACCUCCAGGUGUGAGACUUAGCCCCCCUUAGCCUUUGAUAGACUAUUUGGAAAUGGUUAUAUAUUUUUUGUUAUACCCACCUGAUGUUUUUCCCCCAAUAUGUUGUCAUAUGCACAGUAGUAGACACAUAAUGAUUUGUUUCCAGCCUCAACCUGAUAAAUUAGUAAUUUGAAUGAAGAUAAGAUGAAUGCCAUUCCCAAAAAUGUCUAUUGAGAGGAUCAUGUUAUUGAUGGAAGUUUAAUACCUCAGUCUUCAACAGAUUGUUGCAGACCAUUUGUUUAAUGACUUAAGUUGGCAGUUGAAGCGAGAUCAAAUAGCUGAAAGCAUGUCUGCCCACAACCACGGUUUGUCUCCUGGUCAACUGUUAUAAUCUGUUUGUUAAAUAGCCUACUGAUCGAAAGGACAAUUUUGUUUAGCAACUUUGAAUUUAUGAUAAGAUACUUUUUAAUCACACAGCCAUUAGAAUACCUAUUUAAACUGUACCAGCAUCACAGAUCUGCGUUUGAUUUGUCUGAGUCAGUUUGACAACUCUGGGUUUGACUAGUGAGGCUGCUUGUUCAGAGGUUGUCUUUGACUGGCUAUAAGGGCAGAGCAACGCACAUAUUGCACUGAUGAGUUAUGGAGAUGCUGCCUUUACAGCCUAUGGCUCUUAUGUAUGUAUAUGUUGAUGUUGUCUGAAAACGUUACAUGUAAAUAAUUAUUUUAUUGUAUUGAUUUUACAAUCAUGGAAGGCUGGCUCAAAUAUACUGGUUCA